AUGUCUUUUAAUAUGGCUAUGGCUCUGAAGCCUUCCUUUAGCCCAAGUCCGAUGGACAAUACGAAUACAAAUCGCCCUCAACAUCCACCUUCAUCAUCUCCAGUGUCGUCGACCACAUCAUCAACUUCCACGAUGUCUCUUUCGACAAACCACCAUUUUCCUAUCCACUCCAUGAGCUCCAGCUUGAGCUCGUUCAACUCCACCACCUCGCUUGAUUCGCUCUUUCUGCGGUUUGAUCUGGCGCCAACUUCGACCCUCACUCCUAUUGCCACAUCCCCUCAACAACACAUGCUUAAGGCCAAGGAUGUGUGUGACUUACUCCAUAAGACCUUCGCAGCCAAGACCUUGGUUGUCCUUGUUGGGCUUCCGGCCUCGGGAAAGAGUACCGUGUGCAAGCAGUUGGCCCAGAUGUUGAAGUCCAACGACUACAAGACUCUCAUUUAUAACGCUGGCAACAUCCGUCGUAUGAUGAAGCAAACAUUCUCUGAUGCUGACUUCUUCAACCCUACAAAUGAACAGGCUAAGUCUCAAAGAGAGUUGUAUGCUACCAUGUCCAUGGAGAAUAUGCUUGAUGAUUUCCGUCACAACAGAAUCACAGUGGGUUUUUUGGACGCUACAAACACCACCAGAGCAAGACGGGCUCGCAUGCUUGAAAUGGCCAAGGCCUCGGGCAUCAACUUUGCAAACAUCAUUGUAUUGGAUAUCUCAUGUACCGACGAUAGGCUCAUCACAUAUAACAUUGCAGGAAAGGCUUCUAAUGUCGACUACUCUGGCCGUGAUGUGGCUGAAUCCAUCGCUGACUUUAAGCAAAGAACAAAUCACUACUUCAAGAUUUACGAGCCGGUCUCGGAAGCCGAGUUGGCCAAGUAUGAGGACGUUGAGUACAUAAGCAUCAGAAAUGGUGGAAAAGAGUACACUUUUUCCGGCAGCAAGGCCAAGAAUGACGUGGACAUGUUGUUCCAUAACUUUGCUUCGCAGUACUACAACUUGCAUGGGGAAAAAUAUUAUGACGAGGUAGAACGGUUCUACCUGGGAGUCAAGAAGGAAUAG